ACAAACACCUCAACGCCGCAGACACCGCGCUUCAACGAAUGCUCCGUUCACUCAUCUGCUUCGUGCCCUUUCUCAUAGCCAUAUUCCUUACUCUUGCGGUAUCAUUGGCAGACGCUUCACAAGAACAAUGUGUGAUGGCCUGCACAAAUUGGUCUCGUGUGAUAGAACACUGCCGAUGGGAGUAUAUAAACCGAUUCAAGCAUAACCAACAUAAUUAUAAUUACAACAACAAAUUCGUUGGCUGUCUUUGCAGAGGGGAAACUGCAGCUGGGAGUAUAGGCAACAAUACCAUCUCUGCAUCUGUCGGUGUCUGCUUGAACUGCCAUACUACUCCAGGGUUAGUGAAGAGAGAUCUGAGAGAUCUCCUCCAAUUAUGCACCGUGCAGGCACAGAAUGGAACAGCAGCCGAUGCUUUGCAUUACAGGCCUCAAGGUUACCACACGAAUAUCACUGAACCGCAGCCUUAUGAGUAUCAAUAUUAAAGUCAUCCAUUACUCUUCAAAGUGGCAUCAGCAAGACAGCAAAACUAUGCCUCCCCAUCCUCUACCAGGAUGAGCUUGUGCUGCUUUACUGGCCUUUACUACUUUCUAAUAAGAAAAGAUCAUCCUUCAUCGUAGUGGGUAAAAGUUGUCAUCAUGUAUCGCCG